AUGGCAGCGAAGGUGAUUUUUCUGAUGGCGGAUUACGGCCAUGACCCCACGGAAACUGCUAUUCCGUGGAAGGUCUUUAAGGAUGCUGCAUUUGACGUUUCUUUCGCGACCGAAGAUGGCAACGCACCAAAAUGCGACGACAAAAUGCUCUCGGGCUGGACCGGAGCACUGCUUGGGGCGAACAAGGCCGCAAAAAGAGCGUAUCAAGAUUUGUCCAGCACUUGUAGAGCAUUCCAAAAGCCCCUGGCCUGGAAGGAUGCGGCAUUCAGCCUUGAGGAUUACGACCUUGUCUUCCUCCCCGGCGGCCACGAGAAGAGCGUGCGGCAGAUCAUGGAUUCCGCACGCGUCCAUGAGAUGCUGGCAAGUUAUUUCCCCAAGACCAGAAAGCCAUCUCGGAAGUCUCUGGCCGCGAUCUGUCACGGCGUCCAAGUAUUGGCCAUGGCUUCGACGAGUGACGGUAAAAGCGUGAUGCGUGACGCCGUAACCACCGCCUUGCCGGCAUACAUGGAGGAGAGCAUCUAUCACGUCACCAAACUAUUUCUGCAUGACUAUUACAAAACCUACGGAGCUGGAACGGACUCGGUUGAGGAAGUCGUGAAAAAGAGGUUGCGCGACAGGGCUCAGUUCAAGAACAGCAAGACUCUCAGUCCGUUUGUGGUCGAAGAUCCGAAUUAUAAUUACCUGUCGGCGAGAUUUCCCCCCGAUUCGGAAGCACUUGCGAAAAGGGCUGUGAGCCUGGUCAGAGAAGUCACUCAGUCUGUCUAG